AUUUGUUAGCAAUGGUAAGAUGCAUAAGGCUCCCUUUAAAAACCGAAUAUGAUUAAAUUGAAGCACUCGAAUUAAAGUCUGAAGAUGCAAUGUCAGAAUAGCAGAUAAAGAAGGCUCAAACAAAUUAGGUGUUCUUUUUAGAAAUAGCAGAUUACUUAGAAGGAACAUCAUUUUAUAAUCUUUUAGGUAUUUAUGUAAGUGAAUUAGAUCUGCAAAAUAAGGAUAAUUAAUCAAAGAGAAUUAUAAUGGCCACAGUGUUGUCGAUAUUGUUAAUCGUUGUAUUUUGUGUGGUGAUCCAAUUUAUUCUGGAUUUAUCAAAAAAAUGUAAAAUCAAGCUAAACAGAGAAAGUGUUCCUAUAUAAGCAUGA